AUGCUGGCCCACUACGAGAACUAUAACGUAAGCAGAGCGACCUGUCAAGCGGUAGGCGUGACGGACGUACCAUACGGCGGCUUGAACAUGAUUUUUGCUGGGGACUUUGCGCAGCAACCACCGGUCGUGGGCGGUGAAGAAGGCUCGCUUUACAGUAGGAAAGCCGGGCGAUACGGCGCUGAUGCACGUAGUCAGAAGGCUGCGCUGGGAAAAGCCAUUUGGCAUCUCUUCGUUGUCGUCGUUCUCCUAAAGCAAAAUCACCGUCAGAGCGCGACCAGCGCAGACGACUUGGAGUUCCAAGAUUGUAUGAUGAGAAUGAGGUUGAAGGUGUGUACAACCAAAAACCUUACCUGGAUAGACUCCAGAUGCGCCUUCUCUUCUACAACAGACCUUUCAAUCGCAGACGAGCUAUUCAGAAAUGUGUCUGUGAUUACCGCUCGUAACAUCGUCAAAGACGCCAUCAACGACAUUGGCGUUCGUCGGUUCGCUACAGAGAGCGGUCAGGAGCUUAUAGAGUUCUUCUCUGAGGACUGGCUUCGCGUUAAAGGACAGCAAGAUAGACCACUGAGCGCUUUCUUACAGCACGAACUGUGGGAACAGCCCCACUCUUUCUGCAAGUCGUAUGUUCCUGGGAAGCUGUCGCUUUGUCGAGGGAUGCCGGUCAUGCUACGCUACAACUCCGCGACAGAGCUGUCGAUGACGAAGGGCCAGGAAGGAAUCGUUUAUGACUGGCAAGAAUCGAGGGGUAGCCGUGGGCAGAGAAUGCUCGACGUCCUGUUUGUCGAGUUAGUUACCCCGCCGAGACCAGUACAGUUUCCGGGCUUACCUAGGAACGUGGUUCCCAUUACAAGGCAGAAGAUGACCGUGGAGUGCAUGCUGCCAAGGGUGACGACAGGAAGCAAGUACAUAACCAUCGUGCGCGACCAAGUCCACGUCUUGCCGAACUUUUCGAUGACUGAUUAUGCCUCCCAGGGCAAGUCACGCGAGGUCAAUGUUGUGGACUUACAGGACUGCGCUGAUCAUCACGCGUACUACGUGGCCCUCUCAAGAGGUCGAACAUCGGCAGGGACGCUGAUUUUGCGAGGAUACAACCCAACGAAGAUCCAAGGGGGGUGCAGCGGCGCGCUACGCCAA